UCUCUUCCACCGGACUCUCCGCCGCUUGAGGAAUAAUUCAACGCGUUCGACUCGUUUCUUUACGCCGCGGUUUGAAAAGGAAAACUUUUUUUGCAGCCGCCAUGUCGGAGCCGCGGUACCGCGAGUGGAUUUUAGACACCAUCGACUCGCUGCGGUCGAGAAAAGCGCGACCGGACCUGGAGAGGAUCUGCCGAAUGGUGCGCAGGCGACACGGCUCGGAACCGGACCGGACCUGUUUGGAGCUGGAUAAACUCAUUGAAGAGCAGCUGGUGCUCAAAGUGAACUACAAGGGCUCCAUUUCGUAUCGCAAUGCGGCGAAAGUGCAGCGGGGGAAGAGGAAAAGCGAGCAGGCGGCCAGCAAGUCUGCUGCCAAGAGAGCGCUGGGUCCCGUCGACGAAGAGGAGAUGGAAGAUGAGCUGUCCAACCCGGCUGGCAUGGACAGCAGCAUGGAUGAGGAAGAGGCCAGUCUAGACGCAACCUGCAUGCAGAUACAGAACACAGCAGACUCGGGCAUCAGUCUGAGUCCCAUCAUCACAGACGCAGAAGUGGAUAUGACCAGAGCCUCUCCUGCUCCCUCACAGAUCAGCUCUCUGGGCCUCAGCACACCAGAGAAGGAGAGAGACAUCACAUGUGUUUCUCCUGAGCGCACACAGCCUGUAGCACAACAAGAAACAGGUUCCCUGGAGCUGGAAGGAAACUUGCAGCCAGCAGCUAUCUGUCCCUCGGCCCAAUGGAGCACACUGACCCGGGAGGAGGAGUCGCGAGCUGAAGAAAGUGUGCUCACACCUGAUCAGUUGCUGUCCAACCGCACAGUCUCUCCGCACCAGGAUGAGGCAGUGGGCUCUGACGGAGCACCUCACACAGGCUCUGACCGCCAAGAGGAGGAUAAAAGGUGUGAUAAAGGAGAAGAUGUGUCUCGCUUACAAAAAACAGAACCAGCUAAAAAUGGGGAGAUAAAGACAGUAGGCUCAGUGAAAGCUGAGGAGAUUGCCCAGGACCUGUUACAGUGGAGUGUGGCAGAUGUCGUGAGCUACUUCACUGCGGUGGGAUUUCCAGAGCAGGCAGUGGCUUUCAGAACACAGGAAAUCGAUGGGAAGUCCCUCCUCUUGAUGCAACGCAGCGACGUGUUAACAGGUCUGUCGAUCAGACUCGGCCCCGCCCUUAAAAUAUACGAGCAUCAUGUGAAGGUGCUACAGAGGAGCCAUUUUCAGGAGCACAGCAACAUUGUCUCCUAACUUAAACUUGCACAAAAACUGACACAAACCCACAGAAGCCACUGUGGAGAGAGAAAUGACUCUUUACCUGUUCUCAGCUGUUCCUCACUUCUGGUCCAAACCCUCCCCCAGGUCUGCAGGUUAGCACUGCACUUUGCUUCACCUCAUCAUCCUCCACUGAGCUGGAGAUGCUUCUAUCGAUUUCCUCUGACACUUUUGUUCCUGGGGGAGGAUCAUUUUUUUCAUACAUCAGUAUUUUCUUAUGAUUUACACUAUGAUCUGAGUAAUAUAUAUUUUUUUGCAAUAUUCCUUAAUUUUAAUAUGUAAAGCAGUCAUAUAUAGAACUGUUCAUGUAAUGUGGAUAUGUGUGAAGUUAGGCAAUAAAUUCCUGUUUCAGAAA